AUGUCCUUUCAAAGUCAAACUGGAGAGAAAGAGGUGGUGGCUGACUUGGAUGGUGUAGACGUCACGGACCCCGGCGAAUCCGAAAUCAUCUCUUCGUGGGCCCUUUUCAUUCAAGUCACAUUGUUGAUAUUGGCGCUAUUUUGUAGUUAUUAUUUGCAGUUGAAGAAGAUUCAGGCAGUGCACGAGACUGUUAUUUCUAUUUUUGCUGGAAUGUUUGUGGGGUUGAUUAUUAGGCUUACCUCAUCCGAGCAUUUGCAGAGCUUGGUUAAGUUUGAUUAUCAGAUUUUCUUUAAUGUGCUGCUACCACCGAUUAUUUUGAACUCGGGGUAUGAGCUUCAUCAGGCGAAUUUCUUUCGGAAUCUAGGUUCUAUAUUGACGUUUGCCUUUGCUGGAACCUUCAUUUCGGCGGUAGUCCUUGGGGUCAUAUUGUUCAUCUGGUCCUAUGGACCCUUUGAAGCGCUCGAGAUUUCGUUCGUUGAAGCGAUCGGUGUUGGCGCGACGCUUUCUGCUACCGAUCCCGUUACGAUCCUCGCCAUCUUCAACACCUACAAAGUGGACCCAAAGCUUUACACGGUAAUCUUCGGAGAGAGUAUUCUCAAUGAUGCCGUGGCUAUUGUCAUGUUCGAGACUGCGCAGCGAUUUCACGGGGAGAACAAGGGCCCUGCCAGUAUUGGGAGCUUGUUCAGGGGUAUUGGGAUUUUCUUCCUGGUGUUUACCGUUAGUUUGAUGAUUGGCGUUUUUAUCGGGAUCGGAACGGCAUUGCUGUUGAAGCAUACGUAUAUACGGAGAUUUCCGAAGAUUGAGAGCUGUCUUAUCCUUUUGGUGGCUUACGCCUCAUAUCUUUUCUCCAAUGGUUGUCACAUGUCCGGAAUUGUGUCUUUGCUGUUCUGCGGGAUCACACUCAAGCAUUACGCAUAUUAUAAUAUGUCUCGCCGCACGCAGCUAACUACAAAGUACCUCUUUCAAGUCCUGGCGCAGCUUUCUGAGAAUUUUAUCUUUAUCUACCUUGGACUGUCACUUUUCACAGAGACACAGCUUGUCUUCCGCCCCGCGUUUAUUAUAGUGACUGUUAUUGGAAUCUGCGUGGCUCGUUGGGCGGCUGUCUUCCCGCUUUCUAAACUCAUCAACUUUGUCAUCCGUUACCGUGCACAGGCGCGGGGGCGUACCGUAGCCGAUGAGCUCCCCCACAGCUACCAGGCUAUGUUAUUCUGGGCCGGUCUUCGCGGGGCUGUAGGUGUCGCCCUCGCCGCUGGCAUAACCGGAGAAAACGGAAACUCCCUUAGGGCAACCGUGCUAGUGGUAGUAGUCCUCACAGUCAUCGUCUUUGGCGGCACAACCGCAAGAAUGCUAGAAAUCCUCGGUAUCCGAACCGGCGUGGUCGAGGAAAUUGACAGCGACGACGAAUUCGACAUUGAGAACGUCGGCGCCUAUUACAAGAGUUCCCGGGGUGGAAUGGGCCCGGUGGGUCUCCCGCUAUCCACUGUUCCCAGGGAAGACAGGAGCGGUGGUGCCAUCUCCACGGGAGGAAUCUAUGGAAACUCACCAACUCCUCCAGAUAGGCCGAAUUCCGGCAUGAGCGGACGAAGAAACAGUCAGCGAAAUCGCCCAGAACAGGACAUACUCGGUGCGUCAGGUGGAAGUGGCGGCAACGACAGCGACUACAUUGAUGAUGACGACGAUGGCCUUCCACCCAUGAACCCUCGGCAGAAGAACAUCUCCAUGGCAAGAGGCAGCAGCCAUAACGGUGGAAAUGACGAGGGAAGUGGCAGCUCCCACCACACACAACACGAUAGUAAUAGCAGUGGUAAUGGAGGAGGGGGAACAGCAGCCUCCGGAGCACUAGGUCAAUUAGCCGGCAUGUUCGGCGGCUCGGACGACCAGGCCGAAUGGUUUAGGAAGAUUGACGAGGGCUAUAUCAAACCGAAGUUGCUGCUGGAUCCUGGCAAAGGGAAUGGAAACGGGGGUGGGUUUGGAGUUUAA